AUGGUUGCUCACUUGAAUCGAUUCUUGAGUUCCGGUGCCGGACUGGAGAAGACAUUGCGUCUAAUCCAGUCCCUGGCUCAGAUCGCUACCGUGUUUACUGUGGGGAGCACCGCUGUGCGGUUCACUACUGCUAAAUUGCAAUUGGCCCUGACUCGGCGGUUCUUCCGUUUCUUUGGCUUCAUCGAGUCCUUCCACCGCGUUUCUACGCUGCUCAGCACGGAUGGUAUGAGCUCCGUGCCUGGGUGGUUGGAUCUGGCCAAAUGGACUUGCUUUGGUCUUUAUUUCCUGCUUGAGGAUUUAACUAUCCUACACGCCAUGGACGUCUAUCUCGUCCCCUGGGAAGCGCGAGUCAUGAAAGAGGCAAACACCUUCUGGUUCUACGCUCUAUCUUUCUCUCUCGCUGGAGCUGUUUACGGCUUGCUAUUCUCUUCAUCUGCGGAGUCGGCACCCAAGGCAAAGGACCAGAAGAAAAAGAAGAAUGGCACCAAGACUGAAAAGGAGAAGGCUGAGCCCGUUACCAAUGAGAAGGCAACUGCCCCCAAGACUGCCGCGUUGGUGCGACAAAUUGUUGUCGAGAGCUGCGACUUGGUGCUUCCCAUUACGCUUUUGCAUUGGUGGCCCACGUCGGACUUGGUGGUUGGGUUGACGAUGGUGGUGAGCACUGUCCUGACCGGUCGCGAGAUUUGGAAGAAAGUGUGA